AUGGCCUCAAGAGCUGCAGCCUCUACUGCCCUUCUCCUAGCCCUAAACCUCCUCUUCUUCACUCUGGUGAGCUCCACUUACUGCCCUCCACCGGCCGCGCCAAAGGAGCACAAGCAUCACCACAAGCAUCCAUCGAAAGGCGGCAAGUGCCCCAAGGACACCUUGAAGUUGGGUGUUUGUGCCAACCUGUUGAACGAUUUGGUCCAUUUGGUUGUGGGCACUCCAGCCACCACUCCUUGCUGCUCGCUUCUUGGGAACUUGGUGGAUCUUGAGGCGGCUGUGUGCCUUUGCACUGCCCUUAAGGCCAAUGUGCUGGGGCUUAACCUUAACGUCCCGAUUGCCUUGAGCUUGCUCCUCAACGUCUGCGGGAAGACUGCCCCCGAAGGGUUUAAGUGUGCUUGA